UUCCGUCAUCGGCAGCUGCUGGUUCCUUCGCUGCUGGUUCCUUUGCUAACCUUUCUCUUUCCUUAUCCUGUCUCUUUCCCUCCUUCAAAACCCUAGAAAUAGCAGCUCAUGUUUUCUAGUUGAGAUGAAAUUCUAGGGUUUGGUUGAAGAGCAAACAUGGGUUUGGAAAUCGAAGAAGGUGGGGAGAGAGAUUUGGAGAAGGGUAUGAGCCCGAGCCCUUCAGCCGAGCCUCUGCCUUCGCCUUCUCCGUUGCCGACGGCGGCUUCUUCGGCGCCGGCCCUGGUUCUAUCGAAUUCCGGUAAGAGGAUGGAUCAGGCAGGGAAGAAGAAGUACGUAAAACAGGUGACCGGUCGGCAUAAUGACACGGAACUUCAUUUGGCGGCGCAGCGAGGUGAUCUAAUGGCUGUGAAGCAGAUUCUCGCUGACAUCGAUGCCCAGAUGGUCGGUACGAUGAGCGGGUCCGAUUUUGAUGCUGAGGUGGCCGAGAUUCGGUCGGCGGUCGUGAAUGAGAUCAACGAGCUCGAAGAAACUGCGUUGUUUACGGCUGCCGAAAAGGGACAUCUCGAUGUGGUGAAGGAGCUUCUCAAGUAUUCGACCAAGGAGUGCAUUUCUAGGAAGAAUCGCUCUGGCUUCGAUCCAUUACAUAUAGCUGCUAUUCAAGGAUACCAAGCUGUUGUCCAGGUGCUAUUAGAACAUGACCCAGGACUAAGCAAGACACUUGGCCCCUCAAAUUCUACCCCUCUCAUAUCUGCUGCACAUAGAGGACACACGGCAGUAGUUAAUGAAUUGCUUUUGAAAGAUUCUAGCCUGCUUGAGAUUUCUCGUUCCAAUGGGAAAAAUGCUUUACAUUUUGCUGCUCGACAAGGGCAUGUUGAAAUUGUAAAAGUAUUACUGGACAAGGAUCCACAGUUAGCACGGAGGACUGACAAGAAAGGACAAACAGCUUUGCACAUGGCUGUAAAAGGGGUAAGCUGUGAGGUGGUGAAACUGCUUCUUGAAGCAGAUGCUGCUAUAGUGAUGCUCCCUGACAAGUUUGGUAACACAGCAUUACACGUGGCCACCAGAAAAAAACGAGCAGAGAUAGUAAAUGAGCUUUUGAAUCUUCCUGACACGAAUGUCAACGCCCUAAACCGAGAGCACAAGACAGCCUUUGACAUCGCUGAAGGACUCCCUCCUUCUGAAGAAUCUGCUGAAAUAAAGGAAUAUUUGGCCCGCUUUGGUGCUGUGAGAGCAAAUGAGCUAAACCAGCCAAGGGAUGAGCUGAGGAAGACUGUGACGGAGAUUAAGAAAGACGUCCAUACCCAGCUGGAACAGACUAGAAAAACCAACAAGAAUGUCCAUGGGAUUGCCAAGGAGCUCAGGAAGCUGCAUAGAGAAGGAAUCAACAAUGCCACCAAUUCUGUUACUGUGGUGGCGGUGCUCUUUGCAACAGUGGCUUUUGCAGCUAUCUUCACUGUACCUGGUGGAGAUUAUGAUAGUGGGAUGGCAGUGAUGGUGAGCACUGCUUCAUUCAAGAUCUUCUUCCUAUUUAACGCAGUUGCACUCUUUACGUCUUUGGCAGUCGUCGUGGUACAGAUCACGCUGGUUAGAGGGGAGACAAAAUCAGAGAGGCGGGUUGUGGAGGUGAUUAACAAGUUGAUGUGGUUGGCAUCAGUGUGUACAUCAGUGGCGUUUAUUGCGUCCUCGUAUAUAGUGGUUGGCCGACAUUCUGAGUGGGCAGCAAUUCUGGUUACCGUCAUUGGUGGGGUCAUAAUGGCAGGAGUUCUUGGCACCAUGACAUACUAUGUAGUGAAAUCCAAGCGAACCCGAUCUAUCAGAAAGAAGGAGAAAUAUUCAAGGAGGAGUGGGUCAAACUCUUGGUAUCACUCUGAGUUAUCUGAUUCAGAGGUCAAUCCAAUUUAUGCCCUAUAGAUGGGUCCUCGGAUUGGACAUCAAUGGUACUGUUUUAUGAUUGUUCAUGUGUAAUGCCUGAAACCCCCCCCCCCCCCCAACCCACUCUUCUCCCCAAA